CCGGUAAAUGUUGGUAAAUAUGUAGCACCAGAAGUGAUAAGAAAUCUGGUUUGUGAUACCAGUGCCGACAUCUACAGCGCCGGUGAGAUAGCCAUGGUUAUGUUUCAUUUUGAUUUGGAUGAAGAUACCAAGAAUAAGGUGUCACUUACAGACGAUUCAAUUCCCCGCAAUUUUAUCGUCUAUUUAUACAAAACUUUGCUAAAAAUGCAAUCAAACGAUCCCAAAGUAAGGCCCACCGCUGGACAGAUACUUCAGAACAGGAACCACUUCCUGGUCGACAAUUAUCUUAAUAUAAACAGCUUUGAUAUUAAGAUGUUCAUAAUGGAGCACCCGCAUUGGAGCAAGUAUCACCAACAAAGUACGUACGCUGAGGAGAGCCAUGACAAAGUGUAUGUCCCCAUGUUACAUUUCUAUGUACUGUUCGAUGGGCAUGUAGUACUGUAUAACUUCAAGUGCAAGUACACGAGAUCGGCGGCGAGUACUGUA